AUGUUGGCUUCACAACUUGAAUUCAAUAUUGGAGAUAAGAACAAUGAAUGCCUGUUUUUUCCCGCUUCACCAACCCACAGUACAAAUUUUUGUGGGAAAAAAAACGAUUCUUUUUAUUUUCCAGGCCAUAGUCUCAGAGAGAAGAGGAGCUUCGGGUCGUGGGGAAGGAGGAGCCGCCGUCAUUACCGCCCCUCUUACCGCCGCCGUUACCAUUACCGUUAUGGUUACUGCGCACGCUAUUGGGGAAAAAGGAAGUAUUACAUACUCAAAUCUGUACUGAAAGAAGUAGACUGCUUGAAUAAUACAAAUUGCCAAGAAAGUCAAGUCAAAAUCUUCGGAGAGAUUUUUAAGCCACCCACUCCUGCCCCACCCAUGAGUCCUAUUCCGUCGCCUUCCUCCAGUCCGGUGAUGACCGUAUCACCUUCAAGUUCACAAACUGUAUCGUCGAUGCCGGCCGUAUCCCCGUCGCCUUCCUCCAGUCCUGUGAUGUCCGUAACCCCUUCAAGUUCACAAGUUGUAUCUUUGAUGCCGGUCGUAUCGCCCACACCAUCCUCCAGCAGUGUAAUGGUUUCACAGACUGUUUAGCCAAUCAGCCCUUAGUCUCCGCAGCAGCCUUUCUACAGGAUGUCACGUAAAUCUACAAGAAGUCACGCAACGUAUCUUAACCCCUUCCCCCUUUGCGUAGAAAAGAGUUGUGUAACAUCCUGAAAUAUUGCAACGAAGAAGAAUCGUCAAUAUCGAGUGUCCGUAACGUAGUUCCGGAUCAAUUUCCAUGGCAUUUUUUUUUAUAACAAACACACCAAGUGGAUAAAGAAGCGUCAGUCCCCGUAGCAAAUCUUGUCUAUUUUACGUUUGUGAAAAGGUAUUUGUCCUGAACUAUGCCACUGAGGGAAAGGCGUUAUGUGGGGCUUCUUGUGAAAUAUCUGUUAAGAAAUAUUUAGGCUUUAUCAAAAUAAAACAAUAUAGAAAAUCCACACCAUUCAAAACAAUAGAAUAUUUGUGAUAUUAUAGUAUUAAACUUUAUAUUACAUAUGAAAUUUUCAGUUAACUUUGAGACAGAAAUGCAUGUAUAUACAACAUGGUUGCUACAGCCAUGCAUGUAAGUUUAUGAAUUUCUCUGACAAAUGUAAAAUUCCCCUGACAAUAUAGAAAAAUUAUUUCUUUGGUGGAAACCUAACACCUGCAUCUCGUUAAUUUUCAUGAAACAAUAUUUCAACAAUCCAGCA